AGUAACAAAAAAAGAUAAUAAGAAAACAAAAUGGCCGCCAUCUCAUCGAGAAAGGUGUGUCGCGGAAUUUAGGAUUUCACCGAGGAUUCUAUACAAUUUCAGUGAAAAGUUUUGGUGUAAUAAUACUACUGCCGUGUUACCGGUCGCGAAGCUGCCCCGGCGCGUGGCACCGCAGCCCGCGGCCCCCGGGCCCGUCCUUGUCCGUCGCGCGCGUCAGGAGCCCUCGCUCCUAGCUCAGCUCGCUUCCGAGCCUCGUGCGAAGCCCUAGAGGAUGUCGUCGUCACGACGCAAUGGCUCGGUGUCCCGGGCCGCGGAGGCUGCGUCCAAGAACCGCCUCCACAUGGACCGGAACCCUCAGCAUUCCCGGUUAACUGAUCCCUCAAACCCUGUCGGCCGUCGCAAGGAGAUCGACAAUGUGAUGAAGCGCGCUCGGCAGGCAUCUCCGGGCAGCUGGGACCGCAAGCUGCUGGAGGUCGAGGAGAAGGAUCCCAACAGAUGGCGCCACUCGGGGUAUAAACAGAUGUACCUUGAUGGGUCCAAGUCGCCCCCCUCGCCGCGGUCGCGGUCCCCCGCUGGCAGGAAAUCGAGGUCACCGAUAGGGCUGGGUCGCCGCUCGCGGUCGCCGGUGCCGUUCCGUCGGUCCAGGUCGCCGGUGGGGCUGGGCCGCCGGUCUCCUAGAAAGUCUAGGUCUCGCUCAGCUCGCAGGAGCCCUAGACGCAGCCCUAGAAGGAGCCCUGUGCGCCGCAGCUCCCCUCCCCCGCGCCGCCGGUCGCCCGCGCGCCCGCGCACGCCGCCGCCGAAGCGCCGCGAGUCACCGCCGCGCCGCCCCGCGCGCCGCCCGCCCUCGCCGCCUGAGCCUAGGAAGUCGUCCCCAUCGGGCUCAUCAACGGGCAGCUGCUCGGACGAGUCGUGCUCGGUGUGCUCCGCCAAGAACAAGAAGCCGCCCGCGAAGCCGCCCGCGAAGCCGCCGCCGCCCAAGACCGCGCCGCCGCCCAAGCCUGUCCCCCGCUCCUCCGGCACAGCGCCGCCGCCGCGCCCGGAGCCGCGCGCCUCCGCCGUGGUGCAGCCCACGCGGGAGCUUCUACGAGCUAGAGACCACGCCAAGCGCACAAGAGAGGAGAAGGUUCUAGAAUGGCAGCGCUCCCAACUCGCAGUCAACCGGCCGCCGCCCGGCGCCGCGCCCAUCCCGCCCCAGCGCAUCAAACGCGAGGGCGAGCGCCGCCCAGAGCCGCCGCCGCCCCGCCCUAAGGCGCGGGGCGUGUCGCCCGCCGCGAUACAGGCCGCGCUGAACAGGAGUGAUUCUGAUGAUGAUAGUGAGGCGGAGAGUGAGCAGCAUCCCAACAGACUAACCCUCUCGGAGCGCUUCGGCAAGAUGGCGCAGUGGUCGGCGGCGCGCUCCGCCCGGCUCGAGAACAUGCGCAUCACGCGGCGCCAGGCCGGGCCCGGCGGGCUCAGCGUCAGCAUCGAGCCGGCCGAGCCGCAGCCUGAGAUGGAGGAAGCACCGGUGGGCAGUUACCCUGAAGAACUACUGGCCGUGGCCCCGUCCGGACUGCCGUCCUGGGAUGACGUCACCGUGCGUUACGACUACUACAAGAAGCGAGGGUACUUGCGCGGUCUGACGCUGGGCGACUACGUGAAGUGGGAGGAGUGGUGGUACAAGUACCAGGAGUGGCUGAAGCGCGAGCGCGCCUACGAGCGCUGGGCCGAGGGCGAGCAGGCUCCGGUACGCCGCGAGAGGCGCCGGCGCGGGGGGCGCAUGCGGCGCAGCUGAGGGCACGCCGCCCCCGCCGCCGUGCUCUGCGUGGACCUGGCGGGGGCGUCUCGCGUCUGAACGUGGCGCCACACUGCUGUGUGCUGACAAUAGGUAAACCAACCUGUAGUCACGUUCGCAAGAGAUGUGAGACCUCUGUGCUUAUUAUGGACAAAGUGUUAGUGUUUAGUUUUAAAUAUAAUUUAGGUGCAGUUCAUUUUUGUGUGCAGGAUUUUUACUAUAAUACCUAGGUAUUGUUGUUUUAUUUAACGUACAGUCAUUGUGUAAAUUCAAAAUCUUUUCUUAUCGGGAAACAUGGAAAUGUUUGCGACAGUGCAAAAAGGAUAUUUCCGUUUUCCAUGUAUUCUUAUAAGUUAAUAGAUUUGGCUCAACUGGAAAAACUAACACAAAGCUUUGUAUUUUUUCUCUAAUUAGGUAAGAAAUAAAGUGUUUAAAUUGUUG